CCAUAAUACAAAAAGCAUUUGCCCAGCUCUCUCUCUCUCUCUAUUGCUCCAUACUCUGUUUCUCCUUAAUUUUCCUUGCAGAUUGGCACCUUGAUGAACCUGUCAAAACCAUCAAGCAUUAGGCGAAUUAUGUUACGUGGUAACGAUGCUAAUGAAGUUUAUCCUAAUAUUUUUCGAGACAACACCCACUAUAAAGAAUUUGGAAUCCGUUUCACAGCAUUAUCCCAAAGGCAGCCAGACAUACUUGGUCACGUAUGUGAGGAAAAUGAAACAUCUACGUGCAAUGAUCCCACCCUUAAUGAUGAGGAUGAAGUUGAUGAAGAUGAGGUAGAGGUCGAGUUCGAGUUCGUGGCUGAGGCCAAAGUCGAAUUUGUGGCUGAGGCCAAGGCCGAGGUUGAGGUGGAGCAACAUGCUAAAAGGUCAUGUAUGUGGAGCAAGUGGUUUAAGUGUACACGGGCAUAACUUUUAUGUUAGGAAUUGCGGUGCCAUGAUUAUUCCGCGGAAAUGACUCAACAGGACCGUGUAGCCCAAAUUUAUUUCUCUAGGGACAUGAUUUUAGAGUAUUUGGUUUUUAUCAAGGUUUUCGAUUUUUAAUUUAGUUAAAUCGUGUAAUUUGUCAGUCAAUUGAUAUUGUAU